AUGUACGAGGCAAUGAUUGCUCACAACGAGCAAGAGGCUCAGAUCCAGGCUCAAACUCAAGGUCAGGAUCGGGCUCAGUCUGGCCGUCCGGGUGUUGAACAGCCGGCUCCUCAGAAGGAUGGCCAUUAUGGUCUCAAGGAACCUCCACUGCCCCACGUCCCUUCGGGCCAACAGCAAGAUAUGCCGCAUCUCGAGGAUCUUCAUCUAAUCCCCAAAGACGAAGAAGCCGAGAAAGAUCUGGAAGAUGGUUCUGCUGCUGCUUCCUGUGCCGGUCAUAGGCUCCCCGCAGUCAAUGAGGAGGGCAUGCCUCGCUAUUUCGAACAUCCGCACAACCGUCGUGCAGAUCACCCCAGACCCGAGGAAUGUCUUGCCUUGCAAAAGAAGAAUAGAAAAAUUGCGGCAGUUGAGGCAGCCAAGGAAAAACGUUUUGGGCAUGUCCCUCAUGCCGAGUUAGAGAGUACGGCCACAGAAGAAAUCUCUCGCCGUUCGCCAUCGCUUCGCUGCCGCUCACGUUGGCCUAAUCGCGGCUUCGCAGAUUACUGCAACCGCCAGGAUAACUACAAUGUCCGCGACGCCGCCAACAUCCCUCGUAACGGCGAUCAGCAAUUGCAGACACGUGCCGGCAAUCAGCAGGUACAGCAAUAUGCCGUUCCGGCCUAUCAGAGCCAGCCACCUGCCCACUUCCCGUCACCGCAAGCUCUGGGGGAUACUUUCUUCCAAGCUCCUGGACCAUUUGGAGGUAAUGCUUACCACGACACGCCGACCACGGUCAAUCUUCAAUACGGUGUUGCUCCCUCUCAGCAGUCACAGUAUGAAUAG